GAGGAAUGGAAUUCUUCCAAAAGGCCAAAGUGGUACGCUUAAGGAGCCACCGUGACAAAUACUUGUUGGCAGAUGAUGACAAAGAAAGUGUUUUCCAAGAUCGUAAUGGAACCUACAAAAAUGCUAAAUGGACCGUGGAGAUUGUAGAGGAUGCCAACUUAAUAAGAUUAAAGAGUUGCCAUGAAAAAUACUUAACAGCCUCCAAUAUGCCAUUUUUAUUUGGUGCCACGGGGAAGAAAGUGUUGCAAACCCUUCCCACAAGAUUAAAUUCAUCUUUGGGGUGGGAACCCAUAAGAGAAGGUACACAAAUAAGGCUUAAGACAUGCCAUGGCCAAUAUUUGCGUGCCAAUGGAGGCUUACCACCUUGGAGGAACUCUAUCACCCAUGACAUCCCACAUAGAACAUCAACAUCAAAUUGGGUUCUAUGGGAGGUGGACCUUGUAGAGCUUCGACCAAACCCUCCCAACCCAAUAGAAAACACCACACCUAUUGCCACACCCAAUCCUUCAAUGGAUUCUACCGAAUUGGAUUCUCCUACAUAUUCAGAUGAUGAUUUAAAGGAGAAUGAGUCACCCAAAAAAGAUGGAAGGGUUAUAUUUUAUAAUAUAGGUGAUGAAAAUGGAGAUGUUCCUAGUGCAAAUGAAGAAAAGUUCUUUACAUUCAAAGGAAGUAGCGUGGAAGAUUUGAAGGAAAAGUUAAAAGAAGAAACAGGGCAUGAUGAUAUUCUUGUGUGUUGUCGCAACCCAUUGAAUGCAAAACUUUAUCCCCUUCGUUUACAAUUACCUCCUAACAAUACUGACAUACACGUUGUGGUUACUCCUUCUUAA